AUGGCAACAGCAAACAGCAGAGCAAAAUGUUCUACUUGUAAUAAAGCAAAUGCAACAUUUUUUUGUGCAGGAUGUUCAAAAGGCUUUUGUUUUCAGCAUUUAACAGAGCAUCGACAAAUUCUUCAUAAACAAUUAGAUGAAAUUAUCAAUGAUCAUGAUCAAUUUCAACAAACAAUUAUUCAGCAAAAACAAAACCCACACAAUUCUUCUUUAAUUCAACAAAUUAAUCAAUGGGAAACAAAUUCAAUUCAUCAAAUUCAACAAACAGCACAACAAUGUCGAGAAACAGUAAUGAAAUUGACACAAAAAUCGAUCAAUGAUGUGGAAAAAAAGUUUAUAGAACUAUCUCAGAAAUUAAAAGAAAUUCGUGAAGAAAAUGAAUUUAAUGAAAUUGAUUUAAAUAGUUUCCAAUUAAAAUUAACACAAAUUACAGAAGAAUUUCUUCAACCAUCGAAUAUUUCUAUUCGACAAGAUUUACAUGAAUUUAUCAAGAAAAUUUCAGUUAUUUCACCAUUCGAACAAAUUCAAACAAAAAAGAAUAAAUUUCGACAAUUUGCAAUUACUGUUGCCGGAGGAAAUGGACAAGGAGAUAAAUUAAAUCAACUCGAUUGUCCUGAAGGGAUCUUUAUUGAUAAUAAUAAAUCAGUUUAUAUUGCUGAUUAUUAUAAUCAUCGUAUUGUUAAAUGGAAACUGAAUUCAAAUACUGGUCAAAUCAUUGCAGGUGGAAAUGAAGAGGAACAGCAAAAUAAUCAAUUGUUUCAUCUAAGAGAUAUAGUUUUUGAUAAAAAGAAUAAUUCUUUUAUUAUUUCUGAUAUGGGAAACAAACGAGUAAUUCGAUAUUUUGAUCAAAAUCAAACAAAGCAACAAAUUCUUAUUUCAAAUAUUGAUUGUUGGGGUCUGGCAAUCGAUAAAAAUGGAUUUAUUUAUACUUCUGAUAAUGAGAAUCAUGAAGUAAGACGAUGGAAACAAGGAGAUAAAAAUGGUGAAUUAGUUGCAGGUGGAAAUGGUCAAGGAAAUUAUUUUAAUCAAUUCAAUUGUCCUCGUUAUAUCUUUGUUGAUGAAGAUCAAUCUGUUUAUGUAUCUGAUCGUAACAAUGAUCGUGUAAUGAAAUGGAAAAAAGAUGCAAAAGAAGGAAUUAUUGUUGCUGGUGGAAAUGGUCGAGGAAAUAGUCUCAAUCAAUUGUGUUCUCCUCGAGGAGUAAUCGUUGAUCAUUUGGGUCAAAUCUAUAUUGUAGAUUCUUGGAAUGAUCGAGUAAUGCGCUGGUGUGAAGGAGACGAAGAAGGUGAAAUAGUUGUUGGUGAAAAUGGUAGAGGAAAUCGAUCAAAUCAAUUAAAUUAUCCCAGUGGUUUAUCAUUUGAUAAUGAAGGAAAUCUUUAUGUUGCUGAUAUGGAAAAUCAUCGAAUCCAAAAAUAUGAAAAGGUUGAAAUUUGA